AAGUGCACUCGGUUUGAAAUCGGAAAGUUGGCGGGGCUGCGGGAGCUGAGCUGAGAGCCCGGCUGUUGGCUAGAGUGGGCGCGGAUCUGGUGUGGGGAAGGCGGCGGGACUCAGGCCUGCCUGCGAAGCAUUGUCCUACAUAAUGGUAGAGGACGAACUGGCACUAUUCGAUAAAAGCAUAAAUGAAUUUUGGAAUAAAUUCAAAAGUACGGACACCUCCGGUCAGAUGGCGGGACUAAGAGAUACCUACAAGGAUUCCAUGAAAGCAUUUGCAGAAAAGCUGUCUGUGAAAUUAAAGGAAGAAGAACGAAUGGUUGAGAUGUUUCUGGAAUAUCAAAAUCAGAUCAGCAGGCAAAAUAAGCUCAUUCAAGAAAAAAAGGGUAACUUGUUAAAAUUGAUUGCUGAAGUAAAAGGCAAAAAGCAGGAAUUGGAAGUACUGACUGCAAAUAUCCAGGAUCUUAAGGAAGAAUAUUCUAGGAAGAAGGAAACUAUUUCUACUGCUAAUAAAGCGAAUGCAGAGAGGUUGAAAAGGCUGCAGAAAUCUGCAGACUUAUAUAGAGAUCGACUUGGACUAGAAAUUCGAAAAAUUUAUGGUGAGAAAUUGCAGUUUAUAUUCACUAAUAUUGACCCUAAGAAUCCUGAGAGCCCAUUUAUGUUUUCCUUGCAUCUCAAUGAAGCAAGGGACUAUGAAGUGUCAGAUAGUGCCCCUCAUCUUGAGGGCCUAGCAGAAUUUCAAGAGAAUGUAAGGAAGACCAACAAUUUUUCGGCUUUUCUUGCCAAUGUUCGGAAAGCUUUUACUGCCACAGUUUAUAAUUAACGUACAAAUAGUGUAUAUAAAAACGGUUUUUCUUCUCUAUUUUGUAUCUCUUUUUUUUUUCUUUUUUUUAUUAUUAUUCUACUUUAAGUUUUAGGGUACAUGUGUACAACGUGCAGGUUUGUUACAUAUGUAUACAUGUGCCAUGUUGGUGUGCUGCACCCAUUAACUCGUCAUUUAGCAUUAGGUAUAUCUCCUAAUGCUAUCCCUCCCCCCUCCCCCCACCCCACAACAGUCCCCGGAGUGUGAUGUUCCCCUUCCUGUGUCCCUGUGUUCUCAUUGUUCAAUUCCCACCUAUGAGUGAGAACAUGCAGUGUUUGGUUUUUUGUCCUUGCGAUAGUUUGCUGAGAAUGAUGGUUUCCAGUUUCAUCCAUGUUCCUACAAAGGACAUGAACUCAUCUUUUUUGAUGGCUGCAUAGUAUUCCAUGGUGUAUAUGUGGCACAUUUCCUUAAUCCAGUCUAUCGUUGUUGGACAUUUGGGUUGGUUCCAAGUCUUUGCUAUUGUGAAUAGUGCCGCAAUAAACAUACGUGUGCAUGUGUCU